AUGUCAGCCGCAGCCGCAAAGUCAGUCAGCAUCGCCGAGCCCGUGCGGGAGUCAGGCUCGAGGAAAAGGGCUCGCGACGCCUUUGGGACACGGUGUGGACGGGAAGGGGCGCACAAAGGGGCCGUGACUGCCGAGGGGUUAUCUGUCAGGACUCGCAACGCACACGUCGAGGACGAAGAUGAAGAAGACGACAACGACAGCCACCGCACGGUAUCGCCGGCAUCCAGUGCCAGGACCUGCUACAACCCCGCGUCGUCCGAAAAGGGGAGGCCGAUUGCCAGACCCAAGCAUCGCAACCCCGCCACGACAGCUGAUGCGGUGCUCGCCGACAUGUACGCUGCCAUGGAUACUUCAGGAGACCAUGCGUCUUUGGCGGCCAACACCAGACGCGAUAUACGUGAUAUACGUACGACGGAUACGUCCUCGGCAGACUUCGAUGCCCACUCGGUGCGACUGGGCGAGCUGUAUUUCGAGGAGAACAUCGCGCCAAGGGGCAAGCUGUACGGCGUCGUCUCCUUCGACGGCCCCAUCUGGGUCGGCCACGACAACCCCGAGGCGGGCCAGUGGCGCAUCGGCUGCGUCCCCCUGCCUGGGGACAUGGACGCGCCGCCCAUCCACGACAUCAUCGACAUGGCCAUCGACCACAAGGGCAGGCCGAGGUAUUUGGUCGAAGUGGACGCCGUGUGGUUGAGCGCCAAGGACAUACGGACAAUGAAGCUCGUGGAGCGCGUGGCCAACUUCUGCAAGGUGAACCGUGAUUGGGACAUGAACUGA